AUGUCGCUAGGACAGGAAGGGGCUGUGUCGGAUUUGGAGAUCAUCUCCCAGCAGGUGGAGGAGGACAGCCAAUGCAUUGCACCCGUGCAGCUUGUCAGCUUUGCCUACCGGGACUUGCCGCUAGCUGCUCUCGACCUCUCUUUGGCUGGGUCACAACUGCUCUCCAAUAUAGAUGAAGAUGACCAGAGAGAAGGUUCAAACUGGUUGAAGCCAUGCUGUGGGAGGCGGGUGGCAGUGUGGCAGGUUUUCCUGCUCAGCGCUGGCCUCAAUUGCUUUCUGGUGGUGUCAGUGGUGCUGGUCGUCCUUCUCCUAACCCUGGAGCUCCUCAUUGACACAAAGUUACUUCAGUUUACCAAUGCAUUCCAGUUUGCCUGGAUAAUUCACUGGAUCAGCUUGGUCAUUCUUUCGCUCUUCUUCACAGAGACUGUCUUUAGGAUUGUGGUACUUGGCUUAUGGGACUACAUUGAGAACAAAGUAGAGGUGUUUGACGGAGCUGUAAUCGUCCUAUCCCUGGCCCCUAUGGUGGCUUCAACUGUUGCAAAUGGACCCAGCAGCCCGUGGGAUGCCAUUAGCCUGAUCAUUACUCUGCGCAUCUGGAGAGUCAAGCGGAUCAUUGAUGCUUAUGUUCUCCCGGUUAAAGUGGAGAUGGAGAUGGUUAUACAGCAGUACGAGAGGGCAAAGCAGGUUCGAGAAGAACAGCUGGAACGACUGACCCAGAUCUGCCAGGAGCAGGUGUUUGAAAUCAGGCAGCUACGGGCCCACCUGGCCCAGCAGGAUCUGGAUCUGGCAGCCGAGCGUGAGGCCGCAAUGCAGAUGCACCACAUCUGGGACAAGCAAAGCAACAAGUUUAAUGUGGAUGAUGGGCUCACGACGGGAGAGUCUGAUGAUGAGGGCCCUGACCAUAUCAUCAACCCGCGCCAACCACACAAACCUGCCGCACGGGAUGAUAUGAAUAACUACAUCAGCCAGUACGAUAGUGAGCCCAGCAGUGAAAUGGGAAUUCCAGAAGGAGCCUCAUGUGUUAUCACAACAGCAGCCAUUGAUGUCCACCUUCCCAGCAUACCUCGCAAUGCGUCACCUGACCUGUUGACGGUAGAGGUGCCAACGACCCUCGAGAGAGUCGGAAGUUCUGUCAGCAACAAGUCAGGCAGUGCCUCGAGAUCUACAGACAGUACGGCCACAAGAGCCCAAAGUAUCAGCAGCCAAACCUUGGGCUCCUCCACAGACUGUAGCACCACCAGAGAAGAGUCCUCGGAUAGCUACCCACUGGAAAAGUCAGAGAGCAAACAACAUGGCAACUUGGAGCCUGUAGCAAAGAAAGACACCGCUGUAGUGAUGCAGGAACUCCUGUCUACUUUAUCAGAGGACUCCUGCCUCACACAAAAAGGACUGGACCCAGUGAAUCUCAAACUGCCUAGUCCUCCAGGGUCAAUCAAUGCCAGUCCAGAACUGGAGCACCGAGUUAAUAUUUACAACAAAAAAAAUCAGGAAAAUCUCUGUGUCUAUCCAACAAAACCAGUCAUUCAGCUUCGAGGGAAUGACAUAAAACUGGAAGAAAAGUACAGGUUGCUGGAGCCUUCAGAGCCAAGGUUAAACAGGCUAUCAAAGUCCUAG